AUGCUCAUCGUGGAAGGAGGAACUGCUAUUGCAAUAUUCGUCAGGUGCUUUGUAGAUAAAAUAGGAAUACAACAGGAGCUAAACAGAAGACACUAUGUGAAAUUCCCAAGAGGAGUUCUUGUAGCCAUAUCAGUUUUGUUGGUGGCUGUGACCGCCUAUAGCACGGCAAUAUUUGGACAGCUCUUUUUAUUUCACUUAAUUCUCAUAAAAAAGGGGAUUUCAACAUAUGAUUACAUUUUGGCCAUGAAGGAAGAAAACGAGUCUAUGGAACUAGAAUCGCUCAAAGAUUCUGACCUUUCAUCGGAAGAUGAGAGUAUUGACAAUGAUUCACCUAAAAGGUCACCAUUUAUUUCGCAAUUUAUAUGCAAAGAAGGAAGAAUGGACCAGUUCAGAAGACUCAAAAAUUGUCCAUAA